CUUCCUACAUGACCAACUCCCCGACCCUGAUCGUGAUGAUCGGUCUCCCCGCGCGCGGCAAGACCUACGUGUCCAAGAAGCUCACCCGCUACCUCAACUGGAUCGGGGUGCCCACCAAAGUGUUUAAUUUAGGAGUGUAUCGCCGGGAAGCAGUGAAGUCUUACAAGUCCUAUGACUUCUUCAGGCACGAUAACAAAGAAGCCAUGGAAAUCCGCAAACGAUGUGCCUUAGUGGCUCUAGAAGAUGUGAAGGCUUAUCUCUUGGAGGAGUGCGGGCAAAUAGCUGUGUUUGAUGCGACCAACACAACUCGAGAAAGACGGGACCUGAUCUUAAAUUUUGCUAAAGAAAAUGCUUUCAAGGUGUUUUUUGUGGAGUCUGUCUGUGACGAUCCAGAAGUCAUCGCUGCCAAUAUCCUGGAGGUGAAAGUUUCCAGCCCCGACUACCCGGAGAGAAACAGGGAGAACGUGAUGGAUGAUUUCCUGAAGAGGAUUGAGUGCUACAAGGUCACUUACCAGCCUCUUGAUCCCGAUGCGUAUGACAAAGAUCUUUCCUUCAUUAAAGUGAUCAAUGUGGGACAGCGGUUCCUAGUAAACAGAGUCCAGGAUUACAUCCAGAGUAAAAUCGUCUAUUACCUAAUGAACAUUCAUGUCCAGCCGCGUACCAUCUACCUUUGCCGACAUGGUGAGAGUGAAUAUAAUCUUGUUGGCAAGAUUGGUGGGGAUUCUGGUCUGUCACCGCGCGGGAAGCAGUUUGCUCAGGCGCUGAAGAAGUUCAUCGAAGAGCAGGAGAUUGUUGAUCUGAAGGUGUGGACGAGCCAGCUGAAGAGGACGAUCCAGACGGCAGAGUCUCUAGGGGUCACGUACGAGCAGUGGAAGAUUCUCAACGAGAUCGAUGCUGGGGUAUGUGAAGAAAUGACCUAUGCAGAAAUUGAAGCCAAGUAUCCAGAUGAGUUUGCCUUGAGGGAUCAAGAGAAAUAUCUUUAUCGCUAUCCUGGAGGCGAGUCGUACCAGGACUUGGUCCAGCGCCUGGAGCCGGUAAUUAUGGAGCUAGAACGGCAAGGCAACGUCCUCGUUAUCUCCCACCAGGCGGUUAUGAGGUGCCUGUUGGCUUAUUUUCUUGACAAGAGUGCAGACGAGCUGCCCUACCUGCGCUGCCCCCUCCACACCAUCCUCAAGCUCACGCCUGUUGCGUACGGUUGUAAAGUGGAGACAAUUACCCUGAACGUGGAAGCAGUGAACACCCACCGUGACAAACCCUCUCUGAACUCAAACAACCCUCCCGCCAGCCAAACCCCUGUAAGGAUGAGAAGAAACAGCUUUACGCCGCGGGCCAGCGCGGACACGGUAAAGCGCCCACGACAUUACAGCGUUGGGAGCAAACCUCUCGACCUGCUGGGGCCUUUCCCAUCCCUGGAAGCUCGAGAUGGGGCCGACCAGCCGCUGCUGCAAGUCGGUGUCCAGCCUCAAGGGGGAAAUGCUUGCCUAGGAUGGCUGGUUUAACAGUGUAGAGGUUUGUGCUCUCAUCUCGAAUUCGGCUGGGAUUUCCGUGGCCGGGAGGAGCCCUGCGGAUGGGACUCGAGCACCCCCGGAGCACAGUGAGCCGCAUGCCGCUUUGGCCAGUACUCUCCUCUGAAAUGUGUUUUUAGAGUCUGUCUGUGUCUUUUCUUUCUGGAUGCUGAAAUGUCUGUCAAUGAGAUUGGAGAAAAUUUAUUAUGGAGAUUUUUCAACCUGCUUUUAAUAUGUGUGAGCUAACUUAUCCCUGGGCUUUCUGAGGCGUUAAAAUAGUGCCCCUUGUCUUUCCUCCUGGUUAGAUGGCAAAAUUAACCGCAGCGUGUGCGAGGACAAAAUGGUCAUGUCCAGACUCGCUGAAGCAGCUUUUCUUUGGAAGACGUGUUAUCAGACCAAAUCCCCAAGUUUUUGUUUAACUGUUACCAUUUCCAAAUUCAAAUGCAGUUACUGUGUUACUUAACUAUCGACAGAGCUCCAGCUAUCAUUUGACUUUGCUUUCAUGACUGCUGAUUUGAAUCCCCCAGCCUGAGCCUGUUCCUUUGCUCUGGGAAGGCUUUUGCACAUGGUAUAACACAAGGCACUCCAAGUCAGCAAAUCCUGCGGGACGUCUCCUGUGAGGGGCAGAAGGGAAUAAAAGCUCCUACGCUGGGAACAGCGUAGCUACCAGUGCUGUCGGAUCUGAGCUCAAGUCCUGCUUUAGCUUUGCACCCUGAUCUGAGCCUCAUCCUCUCACUGAUUUUUUUUUUUUCCGCGGGUUUUAUGGACGCUUUUCUCUAUUACAACAGAAAAAAUCAGAGCACCGCUUUGCUCGGUGUCUGGGAGCAGCGGGGCCGCGUGUGCAGGAUUUGCAAGAAGCACAUGAUUUUUACCAGUUGUCUUUUUAAUGUACCAGAUGUUAGGCUCACAAGAAGUCUUUAAAUUUGCCUAUAAAUAAGCUGUGAACAUUACUAAUGUAUAAUGCUGUCUUAAUAGAAUUUAAGCUGCUUUAGUAUUUAGUGCACAGACGGUGAAACUCCCCUGUGGCGCAGCUCGUGUGGUGGCUGCGUGUUACUUAAAUCCCCACCGAAACCCCAAACUUUAGUUUUCUCCCACAAGUCUUGACUUGUGUUUUGCCAAACUCCCAUUUUACCCCACUCCUGCUGUUCUUGCAAGAAGGGCAAAAUCCUCAGGUUGGGUGAAGAAAGGAGCAUUUAGGUACGAAGCAGGAGGCUGUUCUGGACCUGCUGUUUCCAGUGACUCCAGGAUUUAUAGGAGCAACUUCUGGGACCCAGGUUGCUUAUUUUAAAUGUGUGAAUAAAUGUUGGCCAUACCUACAGUAGGGACCUGUGCUUGGGAAACGUCGGUGCCCUGGCUGCGGAGGAGCUCAGCAGCCUGGAAGCCUGAGGUUUACGUGGGGAUUUUGAGCUCAAACCCAGUUGUUUUAAACAUUCCCAGAGCUUUAAUUUGAGAAAGCCGAGAUGGAGACGUCCGUGGCAAAGGCCAAGGCUCUAAUUCUAACCCUUUCGGAUUUAUGUGGAGCAGAAGCUUGUGUUGAUCUAAAGCUGCGCCAUGGAGGGAGGAAGUUCAGUGGGUGAGAAACUGAGUUUUAUUAGUUUUGUUCCUUGGGCUGUUCCCACUGGGGCGCAGGUUUGCUGCAGCCUUCUGCGAGAGCCGCGCCGUCUGUUCCUUGGUUUUAAAUGUUACAGUGCUUAGAAAUAAGCCAGGAAAGGGGGGGGGGGGGGGGGGUGGAAUGUUGAAGGAAGAGAUUUAUAGCCUGUUGUGUGGUAAUCCUUGUUGUCACUCUCCAGUAAUGCUCUAAACGCACAAACCUGCACUGCAUCGGGCUGGCUGCUCCUGCCGAGAAACCUCCUGCUCUGCAGGGAAAAAGGAGUAGAAAUGUACUGUAGGAUGUUUACACACACUACGCUGUAAUUACUUGCUAAGGAGUUAAUUAUAUUUGUAUCAUUGGGUAGUUAAUGGUUGUAAGGAGACAAGAUAUAUAUUUUUACCUGCCAGGAUUCAUGAAUGUAGCUGCUAAUACGUUGGUGGUCAUAAUUUUUGAUCACUGCUAAAAAUUGGGUCUGCAGUUUUGGAUCACUGACUGUGGGUCCCUUAUUCCUGUCGAGUGGGUCUUUGCUUUGGCCGUGGUCUGCUGGGUCGUGGGAUGGAGCCUCUCGGCCGUCUCUGCAGAUGGCAGCAUUUGUGCCUCAGUGCUUUAAUUAAAGCCUAACUGUAGCCUUUUCCUCCUGCAUUUUAACUUUCGAAAGGUGUAAAUACACGUGUCUAGAGCAGAGCAGCAGCAGAUUUGCGAUCGUCAUCGUUGCUGUGUGGGUGAAUCGUACCUGUCAUGACAGGUCCUGGGGUCCUGCCGAGCCCCAAGCUCUUGCGGGUGGCCGGGCUGGGGUGAUGUCAACAAGCCCCAGAUGGGCUGACAGGUCCCUGUGCCAGGUAUUUCCUUGAAAUCACCUGAUUUCUUUGGCACCGUGCGUGCAAAUACCCCAGAAUAAACAAUGAUUGCACAACGUACCUGAACUGAGGAUUAGCAGAGGCUUGUGCUGUCAGUCAUACCGGAGCUGGUGUCUUGGGCUGGGUGAGGUGGUGAAUUUGGAGGCGUGGAAGUGGGCUUGGUGCCUUCGUGAGCAUUGCACCACGAAGUGGGGGUUUCUCUGUAUUUCCCUGACUUUCCGUCCAUCUGUUUCUAGCACAGAGGUGGCGGUGUCUGCUGUCACCUUCAGGGAGCAGUGGCAGGGCCACCCAUGGGACCUGCAUAUCGCUGUCCCUGAGCCGCGGUCCGGGGGCUGGCUGGCCCAUCAGCGUUACGGGUUGUUUUAGAGAAAAAUGAUCGCUCAGGCAAAAUCUGUUCUGUCUCUGCUGCCAGC